GCAGCCAAGAAGAGUGCCUGACGAGCCCAUUUAUAACCUUCCAAAGGACAGCUCAGGAGCCAUGGCGAUGUUUGGAAAGGUUUUGGAGCCAGUGGGCUACAUGCAGACUGUGAGGGUCUUGGUCCAGGGUAUCUGUUCCUAUCUUGGUGGCAGUGCUACACAAGAGGAGACUGAGCUGGCCAAGAAGAACCUGGACCACAUCGACCAGGAGCUGGGAGCAACGAGCUACGGCCUGCUGAAGGACCAGGAGGUCCAUCAGCUGGAGAAUGACCUGGCUGUGGUGUACUACCAGCUGGGUACUGCGGUGAGGGCCCAGUCAGACUUCACCAAGAAGGAGACUGAGGUGUUCCUGCAGUACGUGCAGGAUUACCGGCUGGAGAGGCAGCUAACGGCACUCUACAAUCGUCUAAUGGGAGUGUCGGCACUGACAGACCAGCCCCCGCUGCUGGAGGAGCUCAUACUGAGCCGCAAGCCCAAACGCUGGGAGCUGAGUGAGUUCUGCGUCAAGAUAAAUUUUGUCCUGGGCACCGGUCUGCUCUGCCUCUUCACCCAGGCUUCCCUAACAGGAAGAGACCAGGCUCUUCUUAUCAAGAGCUGGUCCGACCGUAUGGGCGCCCUCUACAGGAAAAUGAAGAACACGGGAGGUCGCUGCUUAGGCUACUUCCUGGAGCAGGCGGAAGACGAUAUACGGCAGCAACUGCAGGAGGCCGUCCACAACCGAUUGCCCCCAGACGAGGCGGCAGCUGGCAUCCUGAAGACCCUGGAGAAGAAUUACGAUUGGCUGCGCUGGGCGGUGAUGCUCCACCCCGCUGUGGGACCCAAGGAGGAGGAGGAGGAGAAGGAGGAAGGAGGAGAAAAUGAAGGUGAAGCGACAGAACCACAGCCUGGCAAUUUGCUCUCCGUGGCAUCUGAAGCUCCUACCCCCCAUGUGGUGGCGUGCUACCGGGACACACCCACUUCACUGGAUAAAAGCCGCAUCCACCAGCUCAUCGUGGAUUUGGAAUGGAAGAUCCCCAACCCACCACCUGAGGUGUACGCUUCCAUAGAAGAAGACCCAGGCAGGGCUAGGCGCUACCUGGCUUCCCGCAUGCUGAAGAAGUUGCAGGAGGGGUUGGGAUCUGGUGUGGCCGUCCAUGUUGUGCCGGGCAGGAUGGAGAUGAAAUGCAACUUCCCUCAAGCCUCCUACUACCUCUACGAGUACAAACACCGGCUGGCCUCAGGCACGGUGUGUGUGUUUGGAUAAAAGAGUCUCAUGGUCUCAUGCACAUGUUUCAUAAUUCUACUACACUAUCGGCUUUAGAUUUGUUGGUGGAUAUCUUGUGUACUAUUGCCUCUAAAUAAAUAUUAUUU